UAAACACAGCAUGAACACUGAGUGCUGUUUCCGGUCUGGCUGUAAUGUCUCUUCAAGUGAAUGAGUCGAAAAUUGAUUUUCAAAAGUGACACUUUCCAUAUUCCAAUGACGUUUGUGUGCAAGAAGUUGUGGAACAACCUGAACGUUUUUUAAAUUGAAAGAAGCAGUUGGUAAUCACACAGUGACAUAUCUUGACACACAUUCCAAACAGACCCCCUUCUCACGUGUACGACAACAACCUGUUUACAUCAUGUUCUAGAAAGUCAAGAGCGAAGAGAAUUGUUCUUGAUUUGUUUGAAGAAACACCAACACCAAAGCUUGAAAAUGUCGAAAGAACUGAGUUUUAUCCCGUUCAUCGUGACACUCAGCCUGUAUGGAGUGGUAGGUACUAUUGGUAACGUACUGAUCAGCAUAGUGUACUUCAGGGAGCGCGUCAAGCUGACGCACACGUUAUUUAUUAAGAUAUUGAGUAUUGUAGACCUUAUAGUAUGUGCAGUCAUCAUACCGUACACGAUUGUGUUCGAGAUGCACCUUAUCCGGGUUGACUUCGUUUGCCGCUUGGUGGAGAUGAUCCGACAUGUUCUGGUAUUGUAUUCAAACACGAUUUUGAUUUCGAUUGCCAUUGAAAGGUAUUUCGCCAUAUGUAAACCCUUGAAGCGCUUGAACUGUAGACGUCUCCGGGUUAUUGUUAUCGUGUCAUUCAUCAUCAGCAUUGUUCUUGCCUUUCCGGCAGUUACUAUAUUUAAAGUCUAUAAGGAGGUAUGCAUACCUGAAACUGGAAGUACAGAAAGUGCAACCGGAAGUACAGAAAGUGCAACCGGAAGUGACGUCGCUACAACUCAAGGAACAGCAUGCAUCGACGCUGUGGAAAGCAUGGAAUAUUGUCACUUCACAACAGACACACUCGGUGAUAUUGGAUCUUUGGUCUAUCAAGGUAUAUUGCUGUUCUCAUUCGUGGUGGGGCUGGUGAUAUUUGCUGUCAUAUAUCCCCUUGUUUUUCGGGUUGUUCUGAAUCGAUCCCACUGGCGCCAGAACCGUGUGGGCCCUGUUCGGAUGACUGACUUAAGUCAACAGUCCAACACGGCAUCAGUUACCAGUACGAAGGUGAGCAGAUGGAACCACGCCCCAGAAGGAACCAGCGCCAACGCGACACCGGAAGUGGACACCCGUAAAUCCAGACACCUACAGGUGAUGCCUAUUUAUUCCAUCCAAUCCAGGAAACAAUCGUUUCGAAGCGGUAAACAUCAUAUAAAACAACGGACAAGCAGCAAAGCAGGGACAAUGCUAUUUGUGUGCACACUCAUCUAUGUCUUGGUGUGGGUACCCUUCUGGAUUGAUGUCUUCGCAUCUUUGGAGAACCUGACCUUCAGGUACAUAUUUCUUCUGGGAAGCGUCACCAACCCAAUCGUUUAUGGAGUAAUGAGCAAGCAGGUGCGGACAGAGAUUCUUGCCAUGUUUACGUGUCGUCCGCCUGAACGAUGA